CGAUCGGCGCCGCCGACGGCCGAGCACGAUGCACCGACACACGUUAAUUUUAGCCAGUCUUACUCGCGAUGUCAAAGAUAUCGUACGAUAAACGCGUACAAAAAUCUCGACUACACACGAAAUAAAAAAAAAUCUUAAAAGAAAAAAAGUGACAGUGAUUUUCGCGCGCAUUUGUCAAGUCGCGAUGACAGAUCUAAAAUAAAAUGGCCGCGAAAGCCCGCGUAAAUAACAUACGUAAUUAAAAAGUGUUCAGUGAUAGAUAAAUCUGUCCUAAUUCAUAGAUAAACAGAGCUAUUAUUAAAUUUAAGACACGGAAAAAAUGCUGCGUGAGAUGGGAAUGAAGGGAAUGUGUCGAUUGAUAGUUCUUAACGUAUUUCAACGUUGAUUAGCUUUACACGGAAAAAACUAUGUUUUUCAUCAACGUUUAGAUACUUUGAGUUAUUUUUAUGAGUGAAAAUCCAACGUAUUCUGGUGUUCACGUUCCGAGUUGGUUCAGUAACGUUGCGGUCGUGGUUUCGAAAGUUUAUUCCAAUCGGUUGCCACUCGGUCUUUAAAAACGAUGUCUCUGAGUUCCAUUCCUUGUUUUUUAUUGUCGUUUGUUUAGCGGUUAUCUGUGGUGUUUUAUUGUUGUUAUAAAAGUGUGUUUUUUUUUUAAUUCGCUUCCUUGGAUUGUCUGCGGCUGUUCUCCGAGGAGACUUUUUAAGAUUCAGGUGUUAAUCGUCGCAUGGCUGUCGAGCGGCAAGAUGUCGGGCAUGACGGGAGCGAGUAUGCUGCGUACGCGCAGAAAAGAUGUCAACGUCAAACCGAACCGAAAGUUGGACCGGAAAUCCUCCAGGGGCAUGCUGUACGAAAACGAAGAGCUGCGUCUGCGCACGAUAAAUAUCAAUGCCGAAGUUGAAAGAGGUCAGUCGGACAUCAAAAAGCUAAAACGUGAGAACGAGCAGCUGAAGAGGGAGAUAUCAGCUCUUCGAUAUGAAUACGAUCGCCUGGACAGCAUGCUUCGGGACCGAAGGUCUUCCCCGGAACACUCAGACGACAGCGUGUCAGUUUGCAGCGUGUGUCCAGAUUGUGUUAGCGUGGAUGGGUCUGGCAGAGCCGUCGCCUUCCAUGAUCUGAGCGUGGUGCCUGAAGAAGCGGAACAAGAUAAGAGCGGCGCUGAAUCACCAUGCACAUGCGAUGAAUGCCAACAAGAAGCGCCUCGCAAGAUUACGAACGCAAUGAAAUCGGCACAAAUGACGCAAAAUACAAACAAAAUGCAGCCAAAUAUAGCGGACAAUGGUCACGAGCGAGUGGUCGACGUCCUGGUGCACGACGCGCCACCCGAGGUACCCAGGUUCUUCCAAUCCGUUACCUCUCCCCCCUACCACGUCGCAGGCCCCCCGCCACCAGGUUUCGUCGUUGCCCCCUACCAACCUCCCCGAUUCCAUACCGGAGGAAAUGUCGAAGACCUCCUAGGAGAAGUCCAGGCCUCGCCCACUAUACAGACCACGUACAUACAGCAGAACUCGGUGUUCAUGUGCAACACGAGACGGAUAACGCAGAAAUGUUGCUGCCAGAAAAAAGAAGCAGUAGGGUUGCCGAUCACUAGUGUGCAGAUCUCAGGGGUACCUGUUGUCGAAGAACAACAACCGCCAAAGAAAUAUGUAACUGAGAAAAAUAUAGAACUUACCUACGACUACCCUAGAGCAACACCUAUUCCCAGUAGUCCCAGUCCCAAAUCCGGUGAUGAAGUCCAAACAACGACUACAGAGGUUGCAAGCACGGUUGUUUUCGUUGAAAGGAGAAUACCAGUCAAGCCAAAGAAAUUCGACUUCUUCUCUCGAUCUCGAUCUGCUCCCGUCGGCGAAAACGAGGAGCCAAUAUACGCAACAGUCAACAAACUACCAAAGAGACUCCGGAGAAUGGAGCUCGCUAAUCUGGAGAAAGAAGUAGCAUACAAAACUGGUGAGCCUGAUUCGUCUACUCGUACAGAACUAACACUGAAAACAGACUCAGAAUCUCAAGUUCCACCCCCAGAUGACGACACAAGUAGAUCUGACAGAGAAAAAUCAACAGCUCCCCAAAGACCCGACUCACCAAAAAUUAAAAAACGUAAAAGGUUCUCCUUGACCUUUAAAAAGAGGGAAAGAAAAAGAAGGGACAAGAAGAAAGACCUGAAGAAUGGAGCUACAAAGAACGGAGGACCGUUAGAGAGUGACAAUGAGCGGCUGAUUGACGGAGAGAUCCAGGAUAUGGGGAAGCACAAACACUGCGUCAGACAUAGACCGAGGAAUACCUUGUCUUCUUCGAGUUCAGGCCCGCGAUACAAGCGGGAUAGUUAUCAGGAAAUGACGACAUCGCAUUCGGAACAUGAAAGAACCAACAGCGUAUGUUCCUCCGUUAAUUCGUUUACAUCUGCCUGUACGCACAAAUCUAGAAAGCUGUCAGCGCCUGUGAAUGAUGGCUCUAUACCUUGGUGCGGAUGCUGGGGUGCUGGUUGCGUAUAGAUGUAACUCUAGCAGGGCUUUGGUACCAGAUAGAUGAAAAUGGUAUCUAUGACGCCAUUACAGCAGUUAACAAAAACGAACCGAGUGACGUAAAAACACCCAUACUAGCUUUUUAUUUCGAAUUGCGCUAAUUUUAUUUCGUCACUUCUUGUGUCCUGUUGUUCACAGGACAAGCACUACACACUCAACCAAUGAGUUUAUUCUGGUUUAA